AUCUCAACCUCACACGUGUAGGUCGCUGCUCAUGCGAGCUGUCAACUUCAUCUGCCUCGCUGUGUUAUGCCUCGUCACCAUCACUUUAUGCGCUCAGCUUGUUGGCAAGAAGAAGCUCCUGGCGAUCAACACCUGGCCAUGGAAGAACGCAACCGCGUCUGCUUUCAAGUCGCUCCAGGCGGGAGGGACGAGCGUCGAUGCGGUGGAGGCAGGAUGUAGGAAGUGUGAAGAGAUGCAGUGCGACGGGACUGUGGGGUUCGGAGGGAGUCCAGACUCGACAGGAGAGGUCACCCUUGACGCCAUGAUCAUGGACGGCGCUUCACAUGACAUGGGUGCCGUCGGGUGCCUUAGAAAUAUCCGGAACGCGAUCUCGGUGGCCAGAAGCGUCAUGGAACACACGUCUCACUCUCUGCUGGUGGGAGAGAAGGCAACGUCGUAUGCCGUCAUGGCUGGUUUCAAAGAGGAGCCGCUUGAAACUGACCGGUCAAACCUCCUGCACGCAGCCUGGCUUGCAAGCCACUGCCAGCCAAACUUCUUCCGGGGCUUUCCAGGGGAGGACAAGGAGUGCCCUCCUUACCACUCUCCAGUCCGGCCCAACCAGACGCGGUCCGAGCAAGUGAGUCGACAUGUCUCGCGCAGGAACCACGACACCAUUGGAAUGAUCGCCCUCGACGCUGAGGGAAACCUCGCGGUCGGAACGAGUACCAACGGAGCUUCGCACAAGAUCGCAGGGAGGGUGGGAGAUGCCGCUGUCAUAGGAGCUGGGGGAUACGUGGACAAGGACGUGGGAGCCGCAGCAGCCACCGGCUGCCGCAGGGACGGGGACGUGAUGAUGAGGUUCUUGCCUGCCCACCGCGCGGUGAUGAACAUGAGGCUGGGGUUGACGCCUGCUGAAGCCUGUCAGGAAGCUUUGAGCUCCAUCGCUCGCGUCUAUCCUUCCUUCCAGGGCGCCUUGAUCUGCGUGUCAGCGCAUGGGUCCGUCUAG